AUGGCAAUCAGCAAUCAUGAUGCGAUGCGGAGAGCCAAGCGCGUGUGGGCUGCGUGUUGCGAGCUGGCGGGAGCGAGCGGGCCGCCAGCGAACUGUGAACUGGCCGAGGAGAGCCCCCUAUUGAACAUGACGCAGCCCCAGCUAGCGGGCAUGAGGAUGCUAAGAUUGGCCUCAUUUGCUGCCAUGGCGCGAUUGGGGGGGAUCCUAGCGGCGUGGAUGCUGGCGGUGCCCCGAUGCCGUGGUUGGGGGACGGGACUGGUGGUGGCGAGUAUUGUUUUGCACACGCACAGCACACAGCACACACGCACACACGCACACGCACACGCACACAGGCAAACGCACACAGACUGGCGCACACGGCAGUUGGGUGUGGCGAAACCACCCACGGCUCCGCUGCAGCGCCUCGCACCACCACCAGGGCAGGCUGCGCGCGCCUAUGUCGGCGGUGCGGGCAGCAGCACAGCGCAGCGCAGCGCAGAGCAGCGCAGAGCCUGUCCAUUGCGUGCGUCCCCACCGUCUGGCCGGCGAUGCAGCUUCAUGCUGGGUGUCGAGCAGUGCAGCGAUUGGCAUGCCAGGCUAACGGCCGGCCUGCAGGGUGUCGUCGCCCGCCAGCGCGAACGCGUCUCCUCCCAUAUUAUACCACCCCAUUUCCAGCCGAUCGCAGACGAGCGCACAAAGGGUCUUUUCUAUCCCUCGAUCGCCCUCCCUCUGCCCUCUGCGUUGUAUCUCCACCUCGUGUCGCGCCCACCUGGCCAGCCCGCCGUUGACACGCGCGCAUCCUGCCCUCGCUCCACCACGACACGCAGCGAAUCGCCCACGGACACGCCAACAACACCAGCCACGCCUUACCCACCCGCCUCCCGACACCCUCCUGUUCUCCUGUCUGCCCCCACCCCUCUGCAUCCUGCAUCCCCUCCACGCCUUGCAUGGACAAGUUGCACACGUCGCCCGCUGCUUACUGAGGUGCAAUUCCCGCUCCUCCAGGUCGCCGCCGCCGCCGCCAAGCUCCACACAACCCACCACGACGCCAUCGCGCAUCGCCCGCCAGCACCCGCCAGCACUCGACGCAUCCAUUCCACCGCGCCCGCCCGCCUGCAAAACCCGCCAGCCUUCCAGCCAUCGACUGAAGACUAG